CAAAAUCAUCAUUAUGGUAACAAGUACAACAACCAUCACGAAUAAAGAAUCAAUAAAAUGGACAAAAUAUAUUGGAUGUCAAGAUGAUGAUAUUGUUUAUGCUUAUACAAAAACGGAAGCACGUAAAUCACCACGACCAGUUUGUGAAAUGCCGCCUUUAUUUGAUGAACCUACCACUCUAAUGAAUUUUCAUCUUCAUAUUCAUUGGUUACAAUCCCUUUUAUUAAUCUCUACUCCUUUGAUUGGUCUAUAUGGCGCAUGGACAACCCCUCUCUAUAGCAAGACAUUAUACUGGGCAUUGAUUUAUUAUUUUAUAACUGGACUCGGUAUCACUGGAGGUUAUCAUCGUUUAUGGGCUCAUCGAUCUUAUCGUGCACCGAUGAUCUCUCAAAUCUUAUUUUGUUUGGCAGGCAGUGGGGCUGUGGAGGGAUCCAUCCAAUGGUGGUCACGGGGUCAUCGUGCUCAUCAUCGUUGGACAGAUACUGAUAAAGAUCCUUAUGCAGCUACUCGUGGUUUCUUUUUUUCUCAUAUUGGUUGGAUGCUUGUCAAGCGACCCAAAUCUCGUAUUGGUUAUGCUGAUGUUGCGGAUUUAAAAAAGGACAAGUUGAUUCAAUUUCAACAUGCUUAUUAUCCUUGGUUUGCUUUGUUUAUGGGCUUUCUCUUUCCAUGUUUGGUGGCUGGAUUAUUUUGGGAUGAUUACAAGGGUGGAUUCAUCUAUGCUGGAGUAUGUCGAUUAGUUUUUGUACAUCACGCAACGUUUUGUGUUAACAGUUUGGCUCAUUAUAUUGGAGAAACAACAUAUGAUGAUUAUCAUACACCGAAAGAUCAUUGGUUGACAGCCCUUGUGACCUGUGGUGAAGGUUAUCAUAACUUCCAUCAUGAAUUCCCUCAAGAUUAUCGCAAUGCUAUUGUUUGGUAUCAAUAUGAUCCAACGAAACUAUUGAUAAAAAUUCUUUCUUUGAUUGGUUUGGCUUAUGAUCUCAAAAAAUUCCCCACCAAUGAAAUCAUCAAAGGAAAACUACAAAUGGAAGAAAAACGAUUGCUCAAUAAGAAGAAAAAGUUAUGUUAUGGCAAGCCUAUCGAAGAAUUACCAAUCUAUACUUGGGAAGAAUUUCAAAAUCAAGUGCAAGUUAAUGACAAGAAAUGGAUUCUAAUUGAAGGUAUAUUGUAUGAUGUUGAAAAUUUUGAUCAUCCUGGAGGUUGUAAAUAUCUUUGGUCUGGUAUUGGAAAAGAUAUGACUACUACAUUCAAUGGAGCCAUUUAUAAUCACUCUAAUGGAGCUCGACAUUUAUUAACUUCGAUGCGUAUUGGUGUACUAAAGAAUGGUAUGGAAUUAAUGCGCGAUAGACCCGAUGUCAUCUGUUAUGAUAGCAAUAUGGAAAUCAAUCGAAAAUCAAAGUAAAUCAAAUAAAUUAUUAUUAUUAUUAUUAUUGUAUAUUCUUCACAUGAUCCUAGUAACCCUCAUUCAUAAUGAACAAAAGGAACCCUUUGGCGGCCAAUGAAUAAUAAAGUUCACAGGGACUGGAUCAUUUCAAUUUUAUAAAAAAAAAGUAUAACUUUCUCCCCUUUUUUCUUUUU